AUGAGCUGAGUUCCUGGAUACAGCAGUCUUUUAAACAUUACGUGACACAAGAGGCUAAGCAACACUUCAAUGACUAUGACAAAGAUGGCGAUGGAUUAGUGUCUUGGAAGGAGUAUAAUAUGCAAAUGUAUGAUCGUGUAAUUGAUUUUGAUGAGAACACUGUCCUAGAGGAUCAAGAAGAAGAAUCAUUUCGACAGGAGAAAAAGCGUUUUGAAAAAGCUAAUAGAGACGAUGUUCCUGAUCUAAAUGUGGAUGAAUUUGUUGCUUUUGAACAUCCUGAGGAAGUGGACUAUAUGACGGACUUUGUCAUUCAGGAGGCUUUAGAAGAACAUGAUAAAGAUGGCGAUGGAUUUGUUAGCCUGGAAGAAUUCCUUGGUGAUUACAGAAGAGACCCAACUGCAAGGGAAGAUCCAGAAUGGAUACUUGUUGAGAAGGAUCGGUUUGUGAAUGACUACGACAAGGAUAAUGAUGGAAAACUGGACCCUCAAGAGCUGUUGUCUUGGAUAGUACCUAAUAAUCAGGGUAUUGCACAAGAGGAGGCUCUUCACCUUAUUGAAGAAAUGGAUUUGAAUGAUGAUAAAAAGCUGUCUGAAGCAGAAAUUCUUAAGAACCAGGAUUUGUUUCUUAACAGUGAAGCAACGGAUUAUGGUAGGCAGCUUCAUGACGAACGUUUCUACCAUGAAGAACUCUAGAUUAUUUAUUUUGUAAUCUGUUUUCCUUCUCUUUCUUUCAUUCGGAGCUUUUGUUAAAAGCACUCAUCAGCUAUGUUGCAAGUUUUAUGCUGCAAUUACAGUAUACUAACAUUUGUGUAAAUAAUUUGCAUUCAGAAUUUAAUUGCCCUCCUGCAGACCACCUUGGGCCUUUUCUUGCCUUCAAAAAUAAUCUUAAAUCCUUACUUCCAAAGCUAUAUAGCACUGGGAAAUAAAUUCCUUCAGGGGUGGUACUGUACUGUGAGGAGUCGUACUGCACUUGAGGAAAACGGAGAAUCUGACUGAUUCUCAACAGAAUGCAAACCACAGUAACUGAGAGACUCCUUUCUUUUCUAAUUAGUUUCGUUAGAGCAGGGAGUGGGGAAGGUGGGGGCAUGUUUAGUCAGUAUUAACUGUGUUUUAUUUAAUACGUUUGGAUAAACAGUUAGAUUAAUGCCUCAAUUGUUUAAGAGGUUUCUACUUAAAUGGCUUCUACACUGUGUUUUACUGUAUCAUAAAACUUGCUAUUUUUACAUCUGUAGACAAUAAUUGUUUUUAAUGUACAAUUCUACACUAUUAGCAAUACAAUGGUAUUUUACAGUGUUAAGACCCUUUUCAUUUGUUGGAUUAAAACUUAAAAUAUU